AUGACCAGAAACCAGACCGGACUUCCCUCUGGAGCAGAACCUGAGCCCGAGACCGCGGUGCAGACGAGGCAAGAACAACCUGUUGACAAGAACGCGGCAAGAAAAGAGGAAGUGCGAAAGCAGAGAGAGUCAUUGAGACAGCAAGAGGCGGAGCUGCAGCCUGAAGUCAACGGGGUGUCUCAGUCUCAACGGCAAGUUCAAUCUCAAGAGCAAGGCCAAGGCCAGCUGCAAGCCCAGGGCCAACAUCAAUCGCAGGGCCAACUUGCAGCUGGCCCGAUUCAAGCACAGGGCCAGGUCCAAGGGCAGGGCCAACUGCAAGCUGGAACGAAGGCACGGCCGAGAGAGCAAGGGCCAUUGGUGCAGCAGCAGCAGCGUGAGCCUCAGCCUUUGGUAAAGCAGCAGCCGCGCCCAGUUCAGACUCAACCUCAACGACAAGCCCAACCCAAGCCGCAAUACCUCGACCAAACUCAGCAAGCCCUUCCCAUUGUCCAGCAACAACAGCAACAGCAACAGCAACAACCACAGCAAAAUCAGCAACUCCAGUCUGACAAUCCCUACGGCCCACGAGCGGAAGGGUACAGAACCUACGCGAUCCGCGAGUCUAGGAUCAAGGAUCGGCCGGUGAAGAAGGAUGCUAAGCCGAGUGCGAUGAGUAUCAAAAUUGAGCUGGAUUUGGAGGUGGAGGUGGAUCUUUAUGCGCGGGUUAAGGGUGAUGUUACGAUUGGGUUGAUGUGA